CUCAGUUAAAAUAGGCAGCUCAUGCAAUUGUCAAAGCUUCGGCUCGUCAUCUCAUACGUGUCGUUCGUGUGUUGCUCUUGACGUGUUCAUUUUGUUUUUCUGUGGCAAAAAGCAAAACCAAAACAGUCGUACAAAGAUGGCCCCACCACAAAGAAUGCGUGUCGCCAACGAAAAGGCUAGCAAAUACGUGACCAUGCGAGGCAACGUUCCAAAGUCAUCGAAAUCAAAAGAUAAUCAAUAUCCAGUUGGACCCUGGCUUCUAGCUCUGUUUAUCUUCGUGGUUUGCGGUUCUGCGAUUUUUCAAAUAAUCCAAUCAAUUCGCGCAGCGUAAAACCAUCAUCCAGCAUAGUUCUUUAAACUUAAAAACAUUGAAUAUUCUUCCGAAAUCCAAUCAUAUAUAAUUACCAUAAUUAAAAACAUCCAGUUAACUGAAAAAUAAAACUUAUUUUUAAAAUUUGUAUUAAUUUUCAUGCACUUGAAGUCAGAAACUAUCUUUGCAUAUACUAUAUUACAUUAAUAAUUUAAUUCAUAUAGCCUAUCCAAUUUAUUUAUGAUGGUAAUUGCAUAAUACUCGAGUUAUAUGUGUCUGAGUUAUUAUUUAAUACUUGACAGUUCAUAUAUGUACCUCAAUUGUACAGCAUAGAAAUUAAAUAUCGAAAACAUUCCUUCUUGGUAAUUUU